AUGUUUCCUUUUCGCUCUUCAAGUGAUGACGAUUGCGAUAAGCUUUAUGAACUGACGAGGAAACUCUUCUUUGAACAUCAAAACCUGGGCGAGGAUACCAACUUAACUCCAGAAACAUUCCGUGAUCUUCGUCGUGGCAAUUUAGUCCAGUUUCGAGUUCUCAAUGUGAACGAUGACAUCGAGGAAGAGCUGAUUGGGUACAUUGCUUCCACCGAGGACAUGGAUUUAAACUUCGGGGGAUGUGGCAUUUAUGUGGACCACCUCUAUAUCUGCAAAAGCUUCAUCUCUCUCCUAGCUCAGGCGAAAACUGACACGGUUUUCGGCCCUGGUCACAGCGACCACUCAACCCGAUCCGACGACGUUAAGCACCAGCAGUUAGUCCAAAUGAUGUUUUCUAUUCGCUCUUCACGUGGUGACGAUUGUGACCAGAUUUAUGAGCAGACACGUAAACUCUUCCUUGAACAUCGAAACCUGGGACACGAUAUUCAUCUAACUCCAGAAGCACUUCGAGAUCUUCAUCGUGACUGCUUUGUCCAGUUUCGAGUUCUCACCGUGAACAGUGACAAUGACGAAGAGGUGAUUGGGAACGUCGUCUUCACAGAGGACGUGGAUUUCAACUUUGGGGGUAGUGGCAUUUAUGUAGACCAAAUUUAUAUCAACGAAAGAUUUCGUGGAAAGGGACAAGGAAGAGUUCUCGUGGACACUGUGAAGGCUGAGGCCAGACGAGUGUCUGCCAAUUAUAUAAAGCUUUUUUAUCAGAAGAACCCUAGUAGAGAAGCCAUCUACGCUCACCUUGGAUUUCAUAAUGUGUCCACCUCACCACCGUUUAUCAAGUUCUUCGAAAUUGCCGGACCAGAAGACAUGAUGUCUCGAUUCAAGGUGGGCGAGAAUGAACCUGGGGAGGCGGAUGUUCCCAGAAUUGCCCACAAACCAGGUAUAGAGGUGAUAAAGUACCACGAUGCGCAGGACUCGGUGGGUGGAUACGGUCAAUUGGUGCUCUCUGUCAGUCUUGGCUCUCAAAACACUGAGGAUAAACAUCCAACAGCACAAUUGACCAUCGUCAUCAAACACUCCGUCCGCAUUCAAUCUCUUCCACACAUACUCGAGUACCUCACAACUCAAGGAAUUUGCAUAGACAAUGCUCCACUGAAACUGUGGUCACAGAUAUCCUUGUACAAUAUGAACAAAGACAUCGCCAAUACAGAUAUCUGCAUCUGCGCAUUUGUGGAACAGCCAAGUGUUAAUUGUUGGCACGGACGAACUCUGACGUUUUGCAGUUUCAUUGGUGAUCUGAGCGUGAUUUCAGUGGAUCUGCUGGUUCACCGGAUCAAGGCGUGGAGUCCGAAGUGGGGGCCGGUGAUGGGUCACCAGCACUUAGUCCGAGUGAUGUUUUCUAUUCGCUCAUCCUGCGAUGAUGAUUGCAACCAGAUUUAUCAACUGACGAGGAAACUCUUCUUUGAACAUCAGGACCUGGGCGAGGACACUCGCUUAACUCCAGGAACUCUCUGUGAUCUUCGUCGUGGCAAUUUCGUCCAGUUUCAAGUUCUCACCGUGGCCAAAGAGAACAAGGAAGAGGUGAUUGGGUACAUUGCAUUCACAGAGGACACGAAUUUUAAUUUCGGAGGAUGUGGUAUUUAUGUGGACCAAAUUUAUAUUUGCGAAGGAUACCGCGGAAAGGGACUAGGACGACGUCUGAUGGAAGCUGUGAAGGCUGAAGCCAGACGAGUGUCUGCCAAUUACGUGAAACUCUAUUUCCAGAAAAACGGAAUUAGAGAAGCCAUCUACACUCACCUUGGAUUUCACAAUGCUUCAACCUCCUCACCGUUCAUCAAGUUCUUUGAAAUUGCCGGACGGGAAGAAAUGAUGGCUCGGUUCAAUUUGGACGCAAAUGAACGUGUGGAGGCGAACGUUCGCACGAUUCCUCUUAAACCAGGUAUAGAGGCGACGAAAUACCAGGAUGCGCAAGACUCGGCUGAUGGGUGCGGUCAACUGGCACUCUCCUUUAGUCUUGGUUCACACAACGCCGGAGACAAGCAUCCGACAGCACAAUUGAUCGUCGUCAUUAAACACUCUGCCCUCCAUCAGUCUCUUUCACACAUACUCGAAAACCUCGCCACUCAAGGAAUUUGCAUCAACGAUGCUCCACUGAAACUGUGGUCACAGAUUUCUACCUGGAAUGUCAAAGCAGGCAUUACCAAUCCUGGUCUCUUCACUUGUGCCUUCAUAGAAGAGCCGAGUGUUAAUUGUUGGUUUGGACGAACACUGACGUUUUGCAAUUUCGUUGGUGAUGUAAGGGUGAUUACAAGAAAUCUGCUGGUUCACCAGGUCAAGGCGUGUAGUUCGAAGUGGGGACCGGUGUUGAGAGUGAGGUUUGAGGUGGAGCACAAGGAAUGUGAGAACACGGACAACACAAAGCACUUAAUUGCCCUUCUCAAUUCCCUUGGAAUCCACGAAGAAACAUUACGCAAGUGCAUGGUUAUGACGAAGGAGGAAAUUCAACAGCAUUUAGUCCAAGUGAUGUUUUCGAUUCGCUCCUCGCGUGAUGACGAUUGCGACCAGAUUUAUGAACAGACACGAAAACUCUUCUUUGAACAUCAAAACCUGGGCAAGGAUGCCCACUUAACUCCAGAAACAUUCCGUGAUCUUCAUCAUGACUGUUUUGUCCAGUUUCGAGUUCUCACCGUGAACAAUGGCACCGAGGAAGAGGUGAUUGGGUACAUUGCUUUCAUCGAGGACAUGGAUUUCAACUUUGGGGGGUGUGGCAUUUAUGUGGACCAAAUUUAUAUCUGCGAGAGCUUCCGCGGUAAUGGACACGGACGACGUCUAAUGGAAGCUGUGAAGGCUGAGGCCAGACGAGUGUCUGCCAAUUACGUGAAGCUCUUUUACCAGAAGAACUCUAGUAGAGAAGCCAUUUACUCUCGCCUUGGAUUUCACAAUGUGUCCACCUCCCCACCGUUUAUCAAGUUCUUUGGAGUCUUCGGACCGCAAGAAAUGACAGAUCGAUUCAAUGUGGAUGUAAUUGAAUUUGCGGAGGCGAAACUUUGCACGAUUCCCCUCAAAUCAGGUAUAGAGGUGACACAGUUCCAGGAUGCGCAACACGCGAGGGAUGAAUACGAUCAAUUAGCGCUCGCUUUCAGUCUCGGCUCACAAAAUAAUGAGGAUAAACACCCAACAGCACAGCUGAUCGUUGUCAUCAAACACACCGUCCACAGUCAACCCAUUACAGAUUUAGUUGAUUACCUCGCACAUCAAGGAAUUCGCGUAGACGACGCUCCACUGAAAUUGUGGUCACAGAUUUCCACGCGCAAUACCAACGAAGGCAUUACCAAUCCUGAUUUCUUCAUUUGUGCUUUUGUGGAACAACCGAGCACCAGCUGUUGGCUUGGGCGAACGCUGACGUUUUGCAAUUUUGUUGGUGAUGUGAGGGUGAUUUCAAGAGAUCUGCUGGUUCACCAGAUCAAUGCGUGGAGUUCGAAGUGGGGACCGGUGUUGGGAGUGAAGUUUGAGGUGGCACAGAAAGAAUCGGAGAUCAGGGAUAACACAAACCACCUCAUUAACCUUCUCAAUUCACUUGGAAUACGUGAAGAUACAAGCUGGAAUUGCAGGGUGCUGACGAAGGAGGAAAUCCACCAGCAGUUAAUCCUUGUGAUGUUUUCGAUUCGCUCUUCACGUGAUGACGAUUGCGACAAGAUUUAUGAACUGACACGUAAACUCUUCUUUGAUCAUCAGAACCAGGAACAGGGUGCACGUUUAACUUUGGAAACAUUUCGGGAUCUGCAUCGUGACAAUUUCAUACAGUUUCGAGUUCUUACCGUGAACAAUGACACCGAGGAAGAGCUGAUUGGGUACGUUGCUUUCACUCAGGUCAUGGAUUUCAACUUUGGAGGAUGUGGAAUUCAUGGGGACCAACUGUAUAUCUGCGAAAAGUUUCGUGGAAAGGGACAAGGACGACGUCUAAUGGAAGCUGUGAAGGCUGAGGCCAGGCGAGUGUCCGCCAAUUAUGUGAAGCUGUAUUUCCAGAAGAACGAAUUUAGGGAAGCCCUCUACAGUCACCUGGGACUUCACAAUGUUUCAACCUCUCCACCGUUUAUCAAAUUAUUUGCAGCCUCUGGACCAGUAGAAAUGAUGGCACUAUACCAUGUGGGCGUCAAUGAACUUGCAGAGGCGAACGUUUGCACCAUUCCCCUCAAACCUGGGGUACAGAUGACGCAGUUCCUGGAUGCGCGACACUUAAGGGGCGAAUACGGUCAAUUGACACUCUCGUUUAGUCUUGGUUCACAAAGCACCGCAGAUAAACGUCCAACAGCACAGCUGAUCGUCGUCAUCAAACACUCCGUCCGCAGUCAAUCUCUUCCAGAUUUAGUUGAUUUCCUUGCACACCAAGGAAUCUGUAUAGACGACGCUCCACUGAAACUGUGGUCACAGAUUUCCACGUACAAUACCAACAAAGGCAUUGGCGAUCCCGAUGUCUACAUCUGUGCUUUUGUGGAACAACCGAGCACUAGUUGUUGGCUUGGACGAACGCUUUUGUUUUAUAAUUUUGUUGGUGAUCUUGGGGUGAUUUCAGGGGAUCUGCUGGUUCACCGAAUCAAGGCAUGGAGUCCGAGGUGGGGACCGAUUUAUGAACAGACACAAAAACUCUUCUUGGAACAUCUGGACCUGGAACAUGAUAUUCAUCUAACCCCAGAAACACUUCGAGAUCUUCAUCGUGACUGCUUUGUCCAGUUUCGGGUUCUCACCGUGAACAGUGACACCGAGGAAGAGGUUAUCGGAAACAUCGGCUUCACAGAGGACAUAGAUUUCAACUUUGGUGGACGUGGCAUUUAUGUGAACCAAAUUUAUAUCAACGAAAGAUUUCGUGGAAAGGGACAAGGAAGAGUUCUCAUGGACACUGUGAAGGCUGAGGCCAGACGAGUGUCAGCCAAUUACGUAAAGCUUUUUUAUCAGAAGAACCCUAGUAGAGAAGCCAUCUACGCUCGCCUUGGAUUUCACAAUGUGUCCACCUCCCCACCGUUCAUCAAAUUAUUCGAGGUCUAUGGACCAAGAGACUUGAUGGCCCGAUUCAAGGUGGGCGUGAAUGAACUAGGGUUGGCGGAUGUUCCCAGAAUUGCCCACAAACCAGGUAUAGAGGUGAUAGAGUACCAGGAUGUGCAAGACUCGGUGGAUGGGUACGGUCAAUUGGUGCUCUCUGUCAGUCUUGGCUCUCAAAACACUGAGGAUAAAUAUCCAACAGCACAAUUGACCAUCGUCAUCAAACACUCCGUCCGCAUUCAAUCUCUUCCACACAUACUUGAGUACCUCGCAACUCAAGGAAUUUGCACAGACGACGAUCCACUGAAACUGUGGUCACAUAUUUCCACGUUCAAUGCCAACGACUGCAUCACCAAUCCAGAUCUCGUCAUCUGCGCAUUCGUAGAACAGCCGAGUGUUAAUUGUUGGCACGGACGAACUCUGACGUUUUGCAGUUUUGUUGGUGACCUUGAGGUGAUUUCAGUGGAUCUGCUGGCUCGCCGGAUCAAAGCGUGGAUUCAGAAGUGGCGACCGGUGUUGGGAGUGAAGUUUGAGGUGGCGCAGAAAGAAUCUGAGAUCAGGGAGAACACAAACCACUUCACUAACCUUCUCAAAUCACUUGGAAUACGCGAAGAUACAAGCUGGAAUUGCAUGGUGAUGACGAAGAAGGAAAUUCAGCAGCACUUAGUCCGUAUGAUGAUUUCUAUUCGCUGUUCGCGAGAAGACGACUGUGAUGAGUUGUAUCGUCAAACCAGAAAAUUAUUUUUUGAACACCGGAACCAGGGAAAGGAUACUCGCUUAACUCUGGAAACAUUUCGGGAUCUUCAUCGUGAUAAUUUCGUCAAAUUUCUGGUUCUCACCGUGAAUAAUGACACUGAAGAAGAGGUGAUUGGGUAUAUUGCUUUCACAGAGGACAUGGAUUUCAACUUUGGGGGAUGUGGAAUUUAUGUGGACCAACUUUAUAUCUGCGAAAGCUUCCGCGGGAAGGGACAAGGACGAGUUCUCAUAGAAGCGGUGAAGGCUGAAGCCAGACGAGUGUCUGCCAAUUACGUUAAGCUGUUUUACCAGAAGAACUCUGGUAGGGAAACCAUCUACAGUCACCUUGGAUUUCAUGGUGCAACGACAUCAGCACCGUUUAUCAAGUUCUUUGAAGUCUACGGACCAAGCGACAUGAUGACCCGUUUCAAUGUGGAUGUAACUCAACUUGUGGAGGCUGACGAUCGCAAACUUCAUCUGAAACCAGGGAUACAGAUGAUACAAUUCCAGGAUGCGCAAAAUUCGAAUGAAGGGUACGGUCAAUUAGUGCUCUCUUUCGAUCUUGGUUCACGAAACACCGAAGAUAGGCAUCCAACAGCACAAUUGAUCGUCGUCAUCAAACACUCUGUCCGAAUUCAUUCUUUUCCGGAUUUAGCUGAUCGCCUCGCACAUCGAGGAAUUUGCAUAGACGACGCUCCAAUAGAACUGUGGUCACAAAUUUCCACGUACAAUGCCAACAAAGGCAUCACCAAUCCAGAUCUCUUCACCUGCGCAUUCGUUGAACAGCCAAGCGUUUGCUGUUGGCUUGGACGAAUGCUGACGUUUAGCAAUUUUGUUGGUUAUCUUGGGGUGAUUUCAGUGGACCUCCUGGUUCACAGGAUCAAGACAUGGAGUCCGAAGUGGGGACCGGUGUUAGGUGUGAGGUUUGAGGUGGCGCAAAAGGAAUCUGACAACUCGGACAACACAAACCACCUCAUUGGCCUUCUCAAUUCACUGGGCAUCCGCGAAGAUACAAGCUGGAAUUGCACAGUGAUGACGAAGGAGGAAAUUGCGAGGGAUGCUGACGAGUGA